CUUUGUAGUCCUCGGAGAGUUCUAUACAUUUAUGAUACUCCUGUGACUAUCUGCAUUUGUUCCUAUCAUUUUUCGGCAAAAAAGCUUCAAAACCUUUUACUAAAUAUUGAAAUUAAUGAGACAACUCAGCACUCACAUUAAAUUUUUUUACAGGAAGUUGGUGACGUUAAAAAGGAUAUGUUUACGCAGAGCAAUGUGUUUUAUACACCUUCUUUCUGGAGGUUAUAUCAAGGCUGGCUAAUUGGAAAGUUCAUCUGCUAAUUACUACAAAAGAUAGGAGACCAGCGACAGUUACAGAGAGUAACAAAGCACCUCAUCUAUCUGAGAGUGCGAUUGGGGAAUAAUACAGUUGUAUUGUGAAACUAAUCAACUCAAUAACCAAUUCAAUGAAGAGCAUUAUGCGACUCGGAGGAGUGGCCAUAGUUAUCUAUAACAUUUAUAGCCAGUGAAGUGUCAAAACACUUAAGGAAAACAAUAGGAAAGUACAAUGACGAACUUGACUCUAUUGGAUGAGAAGGGAGGGUUAAUUCAAGAAACGUUUAAGUGUGAUUCAACUAGGAAUUUUUCUGCGGAAAAUAUUACCUGUAUUCAGGAGAAUUCUCAUGGACGUCACGAACAUUAUGGAGAACCCCAAUUCUGGGGAGAACAACGAAUCUUAGUCAUAGUACUGCUCUUAAGUAUACUGAUUGGAAAUAGCAUAGUGCUAGUAGCAGUAGCUGUCUCCAAGCGGAAGUCGCGCAUGAAUUUCUUCAUUAAGCAGCUGGCGUUUGCAGAUUUGCUGGUAGGUGUUUUUAGUGUUCUGCCCGAUCUCAUACAGAGGUUCACUGUUCACUGGUACGCCGGAGAGGUGAUGUGCAAAAUUGUUAGAUUUGGGAUGGGGACGGUCACGUAUGGCUCGACAUUUGUCCUUGUGGCAUUAAGUAUCGAUCGCCUUGAUGCCAUUGCCAGACCCCUAGGGUUUAGUGACAGUUGGAGACGACCGCGACUGAUGAUUGCCGUUAGCUGGAUUCUGGCUUGUCUCUGUUCCAUUCCAUUUGCUGUCUUAUUUAAAACGGAUACUUGUUAUAUAAAUUUGACACCAAAAGAAUGGGAGAUCUAUUUAACGGUGAUAUCCUGCGUCGUCUUUUUCAUUCCUGCAAUCAUCAUCGGCAUCUGUUAUAGCGCAAUGAUAUACAUCAUCUGGUUACAUACUCGAGGAGUGCCAAAAUCCGGAGGAGAUAAAAAAGUUCAUGAAUCGGAUAAACCUCUUAAUGCCAAAUCAGGAUUUCAGAUUGAUAAAAAGCCUAUCUCAUACAAAGACAGCAAACUAAUGAGGGGAAGAGAAACCCGGAUGAGUUCGAGGGGCAUCAUCCCACAGGCAAAGAUUCGCACCAUUAAAAUGACAUUCAUUAUUAUAUUUGUGUUUAUUUUAUGUUGGAGUCCCUACUUCGUUUUUAACCUGCUUACGGUCUACCAUGUAAUUCCUGUGAAUAAAUCUACGAUGGCUUUACAUUCUUUCAUCCAAAGCCUGGCUCCAUUGAAUUCGGCUGCUAAUCCUAUCAUAUACGGAGUAUUCAGUACAAGAAUCUGUAGACAGCUAAGGCGAUUCCGAAUAAUAAGGUGUGUUCUCAUGAGAUUAGGAUGCUGCAUGCUCGAUGAUGUUGAUCCACGGCGACGCCUUUAUACUGAUCCACCAACCACCAGUUUUACGCAGUGCACGUACACUUCUCGGAACAGGAGCCCCCGACUGGAGGUCUCCAACGAUACAGCACUCAGCAGUGCAGAGGAUUGUAAGGAUCUGUGUGACUUGGUGCUGAGCACAGCACCUUCACAAAAUCAGCUGACGUUACAGACAAAAAUUCGCUGACAAAUUUAACUUAAUUGGAAAAUGAAAUACAUUUGUACAAAGUGGACGGGAGAUUGUAUAGUUAGUGUGUUAAGUAGUUGGCAAUAGUUGAAAUUUUGUGCAACUCUAAAAUAUUCUUAAGUCAAGUUUCAGUGUUUUAUGUGUGUGGAUAUUUAAGACAACUCAAGCUGAUUGGUUUUUGAAUCUAUUUGAUUUUGGUAUGCUAUUACAGGUAGUCUUGGUUCAGAUUUAAUUAGUUCCUUAAUUUUUAUCAUCUCAUAAUUCCGAGGCUUUGCCAAAAAAAAAAAAAAAAAAAAAAACAAGUGGGAAGACAGAUAUCUCUGAAAUAUUUUCUUCUCUUUUCUUCUCUUAACAUGGGGAUUUUUAUAUUCAGAAGGGGAUCGAUUUGAUGGCAAAAUGAUUCGAGAAAUAAACUGUUCAUCUAAUUACUAUGUUACAUUAGGAAAUGUGUUCAAUGAUAAAGCAAACGAAUCCAUCUUUACAUUAAGGUUGUGUUUAUGUAGCAUAUUAUGAUCUUUUGGUAGACAUCUCUAAGCCAUGGAAAAGUCACGAUACUAGUAUUUCAGUUGCUGUGUUUUUAUCUCCAAAGGUUAUGAUAUCGUUAAACUUAACAAAUUACCGGAUUUAACGGUCGCCAUUAUUGCAACAAAAAAUGCAUGAGCCAUUUAAGCAUUUUUUAAAAUUUUGCAAACGUUAUCUCCCACAAAAGAAAAAACAUUAUUUUGUUGUUAAGAUAUUCGGCAGGUGUAGCCGGUCGGCAGGGAAUGUUCGCUUCUACAUGGCACCUGGUCCCACCUCUGUUUUCAGAGGUACGUGUUUGGCUCUGUUCAUAGGUUUGUAUUGUUUAGAUGGACUUUUGGGAGUGAUCGAUGUUCUUUGUCUUUACAUUUCACCAAAUCAUUCAGUGAUGUUCCCACUUUUUUACGUCAAAAAUAUUUGUAAGUUUAUUUAUUGAUGUUAUAUUUGUUGUAAAUAGAUGAUAUAUAUAAUGUU